AAGUGACAGCUUGGGUAGGAUUGCCGUGGUCGCAGCUUUGUCUUCGCACGGCUGAGCUCACACAUUAACAGCACUGCAUCGGGAGCACAUCACGGUAUUGCCAGCCGGGCGCACAACAGCUGCAACCUUGCCCAGAAGCAGAGGGUAACGAUCUCCCCUCGUCUCAGCUGCGACGGUAGGCAUGGAAAUAACAGCAUUGCGGGACUAGCGCUGAUGAUCUUCAUGGAACAACUUAAAAAGAACUUCCUCCGCUGAGUCGUUACCUUGAGUCACGCCGCAGUUCCUUCUCGGCUGUCCUUCCGUAGGCACGACCAGAGCCGUCUCCGCGCCCAGUUAAACGUUUUCCUGAAUCAUUUCUUUCUUUCGUCUCACCAUCAAACGUGCCUGCAUCUGUAUUUAGUGUUUAGACGACUAAAAUACCGCCGCUGCGAAUGUAGGCUGGAUGCUACCUCACGCAUACCUGGACAGCUGCUGCAUAAACAAUGCUGUGAGCGUGACUACUAGACAGUGAGCUGAGACCGUAGUUCUCCUUUUCUUGUAGAGGUUUUUUUUAUUCAAAAGGCGCUAAUAUCAGCUCUCCCAAGCCAAUCGACAAAAUGACGGAGCACAUCGGAUUCAGGACCUUGGACAGCGCAGGAAUUCAUCUGUUCACGCUCGCUAUUUUCAGCAUUCUUUCUCAGAUAAAGGCAGAGCAGGAAGUUGAGAAUCUCUCGGGGUUGUCUACAAACCCCGACAAAGACAUAUUCGUGGUGCGGGAAAAUGGAACGACUUGCUUGAUGGCAGAGUUUGCAGUCAGAUUCGUUGUUCCAUAUGAUGUCCUUGCACUCAAUGGUAUCGACCUGAUUACAGAACAAGCAUCGCUCUCGCUCCCUCGAGGCGCAGAGAUUGAGGGGAAAUGCGGAAGCACGGAAGCCGAGCUCUCCAUAUCAUGGAUAAACGACGCCUACACUUUUCGCAUCUUCUUCCUCAAGGAGGUACAUAACCUGUCAAAGGGGAACGAUAUAUGGAAGAUUAAUAAGGUUCAGUUAGUUUAUGACACCUCUGAAACCUCACACUUCAUCAAUGCAUAUAACCCGGGCAAACACACUGCCAGCUUGCAUCGUCUCUCAGCCUUGGUGACCCCGGUGGGACGCUCGUAUGAGUGCCAGGCCCCCCAGACCCUCACACUCAUCUCCACCGACCACCAGAAAGGUGUGACCGUCUCCAUGUCUGACACCCAGAUCCAGCCCUUCGACAUCAAGAGCGACUUCACCUUUAGCGAAGCCUACAAAUGCAUUACUGACCAGCGCGAGCAGCUGGAGGAGACCCUGCCCCUCAUCCUGGGCAUUAUCUUGGGCCUGGUGAUUGUCAUCACCCUCUCCGUCUACCAUGUCCACCUGAAAAUGACCGCGCACCAACCACAGCUCCCCAGGGACCGCUCGCUCUACAAGAACAUGUGAGAGAGAAGGCCUCGCGUCGCCCGUCUGCUACGCCCCAACGACCCAGAGGGAACACAACAUCACAUCGCAGAUCCCCCCGGCCCUGGGCUUCGGACAGCUUUUCCGUUUUCCUUGUACGGUCAGAAAUCCUUUUCUUUCUUGCUUUCAAGCCUGUAGUUUUUCCAAGUUCCGACAUGCGUUUCAUUACCUUGGUUUAUCUAUAAAAAAAACGGGCUGCAAAAGAAGCUAGCAGACCCUACAGCCCAUGGUGUCUCCCUGCGCUGGAGCUUUUCCUGUUAUUGAAUGCUGUAUGUCAUGGUGGAAGUGGACAGUGUUUGUGUGGUUACGCAAGUGUUCAGCAGCGACUCCCGGAAUCAUUACCGCACUUAAUGUGUUUCUCACUCAUCUGUUUUGGACGACCUGCUUCCUUUUCUCAGUCUAAAAAUCAACAUGAUAUGUUUAUUUGAAUGUAUAAAUAUAUAAAAAUGUGUAAAUAAAAAACAAACAAACAAAAAAAAUAGGAAAAUAAAAUUCUGUAUGCAUCCAAAAGAUUUUGAGAAUUAUGA